CGCGGCUCUUCCAACGCACAAUGGAUUAACCGAAGAGACAUGAGCGCGCGCACAGAGGACGGUUUGAGCCUGUGCCAGCGGGCUCUGCACAUCAUCACCGAGCUCUGCCUCUCCGGCCACGUCCAGCGCGAGAAAUGCGCCGAUAUCUUUCCUACAGAGAGCAACGCACCAGGUAAAACCAGUUCAGACAUCUCUGUAAGUCUUCUUGCUGUGCUUGUGGGGUUUUGUGGACUCGCCCUGUUGGUAGUCUCUCUCUUUGUGUUUUGGAAGCUGUGCUGGCCCAUCUGGAGAAGAAAGGCGCUCUCUUCUCAUGGUGACACUGUCCCCCAAGAGGUGUUGCCUGAAGCACCUGCUCCCUUAUCCAAUGUGCCACCUGCCCUACCCGAGAGCCUGGCUCUACAAACCCAGAAGCAAGGGGAAAAAGAAAAGGAGGAGGAACAAAAAAGGAAGGUGCCUGAGGUUAAGGUGAAUGGCCGCAGCUCAGUGCAACUAAUUGAGGCAGCCAUGAAGAUCAGCCAGACAUCUCCAGACAUCCCAGCUGAGGUGCAGCAGACCAUGCAUGAACGCCUUAAUAAGCAGGCCAAGAUUCAGAAGCAAAGCACUGAGCCCACCUCCUUCUCCAGGCACAAUUCAUUCCGCCGCCAUCUUCAACGGCAGAUGAAUGUUACUAGCGUGGACUUCACAAUGGACACUCUCCCCGUCAGGCAGUCCUCAGCAGUCAGCAUUGGGCGUAUCAAGCCUGAGCUCUACAAGCAGAAGUCUGUGGACUCAGAGGAAGGGAAUAAGGUGCCAGUGAAGACAUGUGGUAAACUGAGCUUUGGGCUAAGCUAUGACUAUGAAGAGCAGGCAUUAGUGGUGCACAUCCUUAAGGCUCUAGAUCUGCCAGCCAAAGACUUUACAGGCACCUCUGACCCCUACGUUAAAAUGUACUUGCUCCCUGAUCGUAAAAAGAAGUUCCAGACAAGAGUCCAUAGAAAGACACUUAACCCCACAUUUGAUGAAGUGUUCCACUUCUCGGUGGAGUAUGAUCAGCUGUGUAAUCGUAAGUUACACUUUAGCGUCUAUGACUUUGACCGAUUCACAAGCCAUGACAUGAUUGGUGAGGUGGUGGUGGACAACCUGUUUGAGCUCUCUGACCUGUCACGUGAGGCGGUGGUCUGGAAAGAUAUUCUUGCAUCAACUACAGAGAGUGUGGAUUUAGGGGAAAUCAUGUACUCACUCUGCUACCUUCCAACGGCUGGCCGUAUGACCCUGACUGUCAUUAAGUGUCGGAAUCUGAAAGCCAUGGACAUCACUGGUUCUUCUGACCCAUAUGUUAAAGUAUCCCUGAUCUGUGAUGGCCGAAGACUAAAAAAACGAAAGACGACCACUAAGAGGAACACACUGAACCCUGUAUACAAUGAGGCCAUUAUCUUUGACAUCCCCCCUGAGAAUGUGGAGCAGGUCAGCUUGUCAAUUAUGGUGAUGGAUUAUGACAGGGUUGGGCAUAAUGAGGUGAUUGGAGUGUGUCAGACAGGUCCUGAUGCAGAGGGUCUGGGCAGAGACCACUGGAAUGAAAUGCUGGCAUACCCACGCAAGCCCAUCACCCACUGGCAUGCCUUGUGUGAGUGGCCGGGAAGAGGAUCCAGUUUUGAGAGUCAGGGCUCGUGUCCGUCUCCCAAGCCCCCACAGACCCCAUAAUCACGAUGAGUUCAUGAAUCACACAAAUCCUUGUACAUUCUUAAGUAAACAUGUGUUUGGUUUAUAUCACAAAAUAUCUAGAUAUCUUGCUGUAACAUUGCAGCAUUUUGCUAGAGGACAACUUGCUGCACAACACUGUAGCAAAGGUCCAACCGGUCAGGCUAUCACAUUAUCUGUAGGACCUGUGCGAAACCUGUAUGAGUGGUUUCAAGUAUUGGAUGCAGUGGCAGCAGAGAUAUUGAUAACGUUAUGGCUUAUGAUGUCACAUCAGUUGGGUGCAACAUCCAACAAGUUAGCACAUAAUCUUAUUAUAUCCUUAUAUCAAAGAUAAAAUUGUGUCUUAAUGUACAUGUAGCUAUAU